GUUAGCACCAAACAGAGAAAACACACUCGACAGACAAUAAUGCUAGUAGUAGGAGUAGUGAAGGAGUGUAACCUUUACUGUUUCUAAUGGCUUCUUUAUGGAGUCCUGGAAUUUUCCUUGCUCAUGUUCUUGCUCUACUGUUGAAGGCUUUGCCCCUAGUGAUUCUUGCUGAAACCAAUGUUUACAUUGUGUAUAUGGGAGACAAACUCCAUGACGAGCCUGAGCUGGUUCAAGAGUCCCAUCACGAGCUUCUUGCUGAUAUUGUCGGAAGCAAAGACGCUGCAAAGGAAUCGAUUUUGUAUAGCUACAAGCAUGGAUUUUCAGGAUUCGCUGCCGUGUUAACCAAGUCCCAAGAGAAGCUUAUUGCAGAUUUCCCUGGAGUAGUUGGUGUUUUUCGAAACAGAAUUCUUAGUUCCCACACAACUAGGAGUUGGGAUUUUCUACAAGUGCCUCAACUUGUGGGUCGAAUUUCCACGGGACAUUCCGGGGCUGGUUCCAUCAUUGGUGUCAUGGACACAGGUAUAUGGCCAGAGUCGAAAAGCUUCAGAGAUGAGGGCAUGGCAGAGGUGCCAUCUCGUUGGAGAGGGAUAUGCCAAGAAGGGGAAGGAUUUAAUCGCUCGCAUUGUAAUAGGAAAAUCAUUGGUGCUCGCUGGUAUAUUAAAGGUUAUGAAGCUGAAUUUGGAAAGCUAAAUACGAGUGAUGGGGAUGAGUUCCUAUCUCCUCGAGAUGCUGGGGGCCAUGGCACCCACACAUCAUCUACUGCAACUGGUGGUCUAGUGGAAAAUGCAAGUUUUAUGGGACUAGCUCAAGGAUUGGCAAGAGGGGGUGCCCCAUCAGCUUGGCUGGCUGUCUACAAAGUUUGCUGGGCUACAGGUGGCUGCGCUGAGGCAGAUCUUCUUGCUGCAUUUGAUGAUGCAAUCUUUGAUGGUGUGGAUGUGCUAUCAGUAUCUCUUGGAUCAGCACCUCCUCUUGCCACCUAUGUUGAGGAUGCAGUAGCUAUUGGCUCCUUUUAUGCUGUAGCUAAAGGAAUUUCUGUAGUAUGCUCUGCGGGGAAUUCUGGUCCUUAUCCUCAAACAAUUACAAAUACAGCUCCAUGGGUUGUUACUGUAGCAGCAAGCACCAUUGAUCGAGCUUUCCCUACUAUAAUUACCCUGGGGAACAAUCAAACCAUAGUGGGUCAGGCUUUGUAUACGGGGAAGAAUGUAGACACUUUCCACCCUAUUGUUUAUGGAGAAGAGAUUGUAGCUGAUGACUCUGAUGAAGAUAGUGCAAGAGGUUGUGCUUCAGGAAGCCUGAAUGCUACUUUAGCAAGAGGAAAAGUGAUUCUGUGUUUUGAGUCUCGGUCACAGAGGUCAAAUAUCAUUGCUAGAAGAACUGUAUUAGAUGUCAAGGGAGUUGGCCUUAUAUUUGCACGGUCUCCCACCAAGGAUGUUACUUUGUCCUUGGACAUUCCCUGUAUCCAAGUGGACUUCGCAAUAGGAACAUAUCUACUGACAUACAUGGAGUCAAGCAGAAAUCCUGUAGUAAAGUUCAGCUUCACGAAAACAGUUAUUGGACAACAGAUAUCCCCGGAAGUUGCAUUCUUCUCUUCUCGAGGACCCAGUUCCAUCUCCGCUACUGUAUUGAAGCCUGACAUUGCUGCUCCAGGGGUUAACAUCUUGGCCUCUUGGUCUCCUGCCGCUUCACCUGCCAUAAUUGACAAUGAAGCACGGCCCUUGGACUUCAAAAUUGAAUCAGGAACAUCCAUGUCUUGCCCCCAUAUAUCCGGUGUUGUUGCUCUACUUAAAGCUGCACAUCCAAAAUGGAGUCCUGCUGCAAUCAAGUCUGCACUAAUCACAACAGCAUCUAUAGAGGACGAAUAUGGUCAAAAGACAGUCGCUGAAGGAGCUCCACACAAGCAGGCUGAUCCAUUUGAUUAUGGCGGUGGUCAUGUUGAUCCUGACAGAGCCAUGCAUCCUGGUCUCGUAUUUGACAUGGGCGCCUCAGAUUAUAUCCGCUUUCUUUGUGCCCUUGGCUACAAUAAUUCUGCAAUCAGCUUAAUGACCAGGACUCGCACCCGAUGCAAGAAAUCAACCGCCUUUCUUGUAAAUCUUAAUUUGCCUUCUAUUACCAUUCCUGAGCUGAAGCAGAACUUAACUGUGUCAAGAACGGUCACAAAUGUUGGUCCUAUUACAUCUAUCUACGUUGCUCGCGUUCUAGCUCCAGCCGGCACACGUGUGACAGUUGAGCCAUCAGUUUUGUCAUUUGAUUCGACAAGAAAGAAGAUCAAGUUUAAGGUAACCUUUUGUUCCAUGUUGAGGAUUCAAGGAAGAUACUCAUUCGGAAAUCUGUUUUGGGAAGAUGGCUUUCAUGUAGUGAGAAUUCCUUUGAUAGUUAGAACUGUAAUUGAUGAUUUCUAUGCAGAAAUAUGAUCCAAAAGGGAUUAUCAGAUUUUAUGAGUAAUUUGUCAUUUGUUGAUAAUUCCUUGUAACAAAAUGUUGUUUGACAUGGGAAGAGUUCAUUCAGCUUUAAAA